AUUUGUGGAUAAGGAGCGCUUAAGCCCACAACAGGUCUUUAAUUGUGAUGAGACAGGCCUGUUUUGGAAAAAACUACCAAACAGGACCUAUAUAACAAAGGAAGAGAAGUGUUUGCCAGGACACAAGCCCAUGAAAGACAGGCUAACCCUGCUUCUGUGCGCCAAUGCUAGCGACGACUGCAAAAUUAAACCGCUGCUGGUGUACCAUUCGGAGAACCCCAGGCCAUUCAAGAAGAACGGUGUGCAAAAGAGCAAACUCAGUGUGAUGUGGAGGGCAAACAAGAAAGCCUGGACAACCAGGCAGUUCUUCACGGAGUGGUUUGUGGAGGUGUUUGCACCUGCAGUGAAGACAUACCUAAUAGAGAAGAAUCUACCACUCAAGGCCCUCCUGUUGAUGGACAAUGCCCCUACACACCCUCCAGGCGUGGAAGAAGAAUUGGGUAAGGGGUAUAAAUUCAUCGAAGUGAUGUUCAUCCCCCCCAACACCACGCCACUGAUCCAACCCAUGGACCAGAAUGUCAUCGCCAGCUUUAAGAAGCUGUACACAAAAGCACUUUUUGAGAGGUGCUUUGAGGUGACUUCUGAAACAGAGCUCACUCUGAGGGAGUUUUGGAAGAAUCACUUCAAUAUCCUCCACUGCCUAAGGCUUAUAGAUAAAGCCUGGGGUAAAGUUUCUGUGAGGUCCUUGCAGUCUGCCUGGAAAAAUCUGUGGCUGACCUGUGUGACAGCCAAGGAUUUUGAGGGAUUCGAGCCUUCAGUCCAGGAGUCUGCUGUGGUGGAGGACAUUGUGUCUCUGGGGAGGGCCAAAGGCAUUGAGGUGGAUAGUGAUGAUGUGGAGGAGCUGGUGCAAGCACACUCUGAAGACCUCACCACUGACGAGCUGCGUCAACUUCACCAGGAACAGCUGCAGGAGGUAACUGAGGAGCUGUCUUCAGGGGAGGAGGAGGGGAACAGCAAGGAAAGAGUCUCCACUGCAGAGAUCAAGAAAUAUUUGCAGCAGUGGACAGAGUUGGGAAACUUUUUGGAGAGGUGCCACCCUGAUAUUGCUGCCAUACACAGAAACAUAAACCAGUUUGAUGAAAAUUUGAUGCAGCAUUUCAGAGACAUUUUGAAAAAAAGGCAAAGGCAGAUCACAUUAGACAGAUUCUUAUUGAAAAAGGAAUCUAGUGAGAGUGCAAGUGUUAGUGAGCCACAGCCCUCCACUAGUGGGUUCACAGGAAUCACACCAGGAGACGAGUUACCAGACGGUGACUCGUCCUCCGACGAAUAACCUCCCUCCUCCUCCCCACCCUUCUCCCCUCCUCUUCUACGUUAUCCAUCACCAGCCUUCACUUACGGUAAGUACAAAUCAAAAUUAUAAAAAAAUUUACAUUGAAAUUUUUGUAAACUUAAGGUUUUGCUAAGGUUAGAACGAAUUACCUGAUUUAUAGGUAUCGGUAGUCAAACUUUUUGAUACUCGAACAGCCAUUUGGAACGAAUUAAGUUUGAGUAUUGAGUUUCCACUGUAUAUUGUUGUGCUUGUAGGCUUUUUGUGGUA